AUGGAGCUCCGAACGUACUGGCCGGUUUUACUCGCUGUUUUGGCGGUAUGGCCCGCCGUGGCUGCGGACCUAACUGACCGUCCCUGUGCAGCCAGGCACGUGAAGAGUGGGCAGGUGUGUGUGUGUACAGCGGAGUACUGCGACACGAUCACGAGGCAGCCUCCGGAGUCCGGUACAUUUGUGUCCUAUGUGUCGUCGGAGGAAGGACUUCGAUUCCAUAAGUUUGUCGGAUCGCUAAAACAUUAUGAAAAGGGUAGCACUAAGGAGAAUGUUCUGGAACUAGAUGUGGGAACGAAAUAUCAGACAGUGAAUGGUUUCGGAGGUGCUGUCACUGAUGCAGCUAGCAUUAAUUGGAAGAAUUUGACUGAUCAUCGACUGAUGGACCAUUUAAUAGAGUCGUACUGUGGUGAUUCAGGAAUUCAAUACAACAUGCUCCGUGUCCCAAUCGGUGGCACUGACUUCUCCACACACGGGUACGCGUAUAACGAACUCCCUGAAAACGAUGUAACACUGAGCAACUUUACAUUGGCUUAUGAAGAUUACGAGUAUAAGAUUCCAAUGAUAAAGGCGUGUAUGAAGGCGGCUAGUGCUCCUAUACACAUAGUAUCAGCGACUUGGUCUCCUCCGAUAUGGAUGAAAACCAACGACGCGUACUCCGGGCACAGCAAACUACGGAAAGAGUAUCGACAGACUUAUGCUGAUUACCAUUACAAGUUCUUAGAGCAUUAUGCAGCUGAAGGUAUACCAGUGUGGGGCGUGUCUAUUUCGAACGAGCCACUCCAUGCUAGCGUGAACUACAUCCCAGCUAAAAUCAACAAUAUGGGAUGGACCUUAGACGAAAUGAGCGAAUACGUAAUGGAGAACUUGGGCCCCACUCUUCGAGGUAACAACUCCAACUUCAAACACGUGAAGAUCAUCGCUGGCGAUGAUUUGCGGUUCACCAUCACUCUCUUCUGGAACACGUUUGUAGCCGUCUACCCAGAGACCUUAGAGUACUUGGAUGGCGCAGCAGUACACUACUACAUGAGCGCUUACGUGCCAGCUGCGAUAUUGUCGAAGGCAAUGGAAGGAUACCCAGGGAAGUUCGUGCUGGCUACGGAGAUCUGUGCAGGCGCUCUUCCGAGUGACACCGUGAAAGUAGAUAUAGGGUCGUGGAGCAGGGCACAGUUGUACGUCAAUGAUAUCAUGCAGAAUCUUGGCAAUGAUGUGAUAGGAUGGCUGGACUGGAACAUGUGUCUGAACACUGAAGGGAAACCAAGCUACAUAGGAUCCAGUGUGGACUCCCCAAUACUUGUCAAUGCAGAAGAUGGGGAGUUUUACAAGCAGCCAAUGUUCUACGCUAUUGGACACUUCUCUAAAUUUGUUCCACGAGGUUCUAGAAGGAUUAGAGUUAAUGUAGACUGUGGUACGGAGAUUCAGAACAUCGCGUUCCUAACGCCCGAUAACACCGUCGUUGUUGUUAUCCAUAAUGAAGGCCCUGAAGAAACCGUAAGAUUGCGGUUAGGAGAUAAAGAGGCAGAGUUAAUAAUUAACGCCAACAGUAUUACGACAGUUGAAAUGUUGAAUAAGAAUGAUAUAGAAUCGAAUGAGGAGGAUUAGAAUUUUAGCACUGAAUGCUGCUACGGGACUGACGACCUUUGAUCAGUACAAUACAGUAUACAACAACCUGCUUCCAUCUUUGAAUUAUUCCAUUUGAAUCUCGACUUUACACAAAAGCUAAAAAGUUUAAUAUUUCAUAAAUUUAAUCUGACAGAACGGAGUAGAAUUGCUUACUGGCCGUCCACUUUUAGUCCCCAAACUGACUUCAAAAUGCUUGCAGCGUAACAUGUUGUGUAACGUAACAUAAUGAUGCCAGCAUAAACCCAGUAAGAUUUAGUAGUAAUUUUUACCUACUAAGUUUUAAAUUGACAUUGUAAUUGAAAAUCAACCG